GCCAAAAAGAGCUCGGCGGCUGGAAGAGGACCUCUUCUCCGAAGGAAGAGAGAGGCGCCUCCCGUCUCCUCCGCGUGCCGUGCCUGCGGCCCGCCACCACCGGCGCGGGCGAGGAUCGCCCGCCAGAUUUCGAGGCGGGGCCUCUGGACGAGGCCCUCGGCCGCUCCUGCUGCUACGUCCGCUCCGCCAGCCCCGCCCACUCCGGCUCCUCCUCCGUCUCCUCCUCUGCCGCCGCCGAGACCGCCUUCAAGUCCAUCUUCGGCGUCUCCGUCUCCGCCAACUCCUCCGCCCCGCUCCCCGUCUACGACGCCCCUACCGCGGCUGGAAGGCCCUGAGGCGGGGGGAGAGGGAUUCAGGCCGGGGCCUUUAAAAAAGAAAAAGAAAAAGAGAAAUCACUUGUAUCCCAAGCAUCCGAACAAGAUCCAGAGGCCGUCGAGUGUGGAAGACGGGGGGCAUCCUCCGUCGCCUCCUACACGCCAAAAUCGUACAGCUCAGCGCUCUGACCUCUCCUCGUUCUCAAAGGACACGUCGCCUCAGCUUUCCAUCGGAUUCCUCCGCGACACCGCAUCAUCCGCUUGGGGCGGACGGUGUUACGUUGCGAACGGUGGGCGCGUUGGGCUUGCUUCCACUAGCCGUACCCCGGAAACUCCUUUCACGUGGACCCAUCUCCGCCGUCCAAUCCCAUCUAUAAGAGACCCGCGCUCGGCCUUGUAGUUCUAUAAAUCCAAUCCCUUCUCACCGCAGGAAGUGGACCUCUAGAUCCGCGCCGGCCCCCUCCUCGUCUCUAUAGAUCUGCAACUAGGAACCUUCCGCUGAGCCGAGACGUCCUUCUCCUCUGUGCGCCCUAAGAGAGAGAUCUUUAAGAAAGAUGGCGGGGAGGAAGCCCGGCGUUAUUGCUUUGUUUGAUGUUGAUGGCACGCUCACAGCUCCAAGGAAGGUGAUAACGCCAAAGAUGCUUGAGUUCAUGGGAGAGCUCCGGGAGGCUGUCACGGUAGGCGUUGUUGGAGGAUCUGAUCUUGUCAAGAUAUCGGAACAGCUUGGGAAAUCAGUUAUAAAUGACUAUGAUUAUGUAUUUGCGGAAAAUGGUCUUGUUGCGUACAAAAAUGGAGAACUCAUUGCUAGCCAGAGUUUGAAAUCAUUCCUUGGUGAAGAAAAACUCAGGGAAUUUAUUAAUUUCACACUCCAUUAUCUUGCUGACUUGGAUAUCCCUAUAAAAAGGGGAACAUUCAUAGAAUUCCGCAAUGGAAUGCUUAAUGUCUCACCAAUAGGGAGAAACUGUAGCCAGGAAGAGCGAGAUGAGUUUGAAAAGUAUGAUAAGGUUCACAACAUACGACCAAAGAUGGUCUCUGUGCUUCGUGAAAAAUUUGCACAUUUCAACCUGACAUUUUCCAUUGGAGGGCAGAUAAGUUUUGAUGUUUUUCCACAAGGUUGGGACAAGACCUUCUGUUUAAGAUACCUUGAUGAAUUCCCAGAAGUCCACUUUUUUGGGGACAAAACAUACAAGGGAGGAAAUGACUAUGAGAUUUAUGUAUCUGAACAUACAGUGGGUCAUUCAGUGACCAGCCCAGAGGAUACAGCAGAGAAAUGCAGAUCACUUUUCCUGACAAAACAAAACGGGGAUGCUUGAGCUUCUGUUGGCAUACUGGAUCAUUUUAAUUUAUUUCUUUCUUCUGUCAAUUUAGCAGAAAAUAGAAUGUGUUACAGUUCCUGGUUCAUAAAUUUGGUUUCUCUCUGGCUUUUACAAUGUCUUAUCUUUGCAAUCAACAGCUUAGAUGCCUAUGUUAUUUAAUAAAGACAAUAAAAUAAUGUUGGCGAAUGCCUUUUCAUUAAC